AUGAGUGGCUUAUUAUCCUACCUAUUGUGCGCAAGUGCCGUUACACUUACGUUGGCAGCACCACAGUUUGUGUAUCCUUACGCGACGUCGAAUCCACAGUUUGCACAGCUGAGCACCACACCAUAUACAGGGUAUGGCACAAAUAUUCGCAUAUGGCCAUGGGUUAUUGGGCAAGAUACCUACCCACGUAACCAGUAUUACUCAAACUCCUGGAAUACUAAUACUAAUCCUUCCAGCUUUCCAUAUGGCUAUAAUCCAUACAACCCCGCUAACACCUACAACCCUUACAGCAACACCAACAACUACCCGUAUAAUCCUUACAACAGAAAUACGGACACGAAUACCUAUUGGAACGGCUUCGCGUGGGUCAAUAGUUUUCGCUCGGCGAGUAAACUCAACAAGUGAGUGCAGAGCUCAUUAUUUAUGUGGAUUAUAUUUGCUAAUUAUGUU